CGACGCUGCCGGAUUCCCUCAAGUUUCAUCCGUAAAUCUUGUUUUCCACUAUUCCUCCGUCUAUUUCUUGUUGGACCAUUUUUUCACUCUCAGACAUCGCUCGUUGGUCUGUGGCGGCUGACGAGCACUGAAUUAUCAUCAUCUUACUCCCGUCAAUCAAUGUAGAUGAACUGAUCAUCUUCUUCUACAUAGAGUGCUCGUUUGCUUCCCAUGCUACUUUUACCAGCUGAAGUCCUGAACUAGUUCCAGCGUCCCAAGCCAUGCUUACCUGCUAAAAGGUCUUUUACCACUUUGCUCAUCUUUUCCCUUUUCUUCCAUCUCUUCAAGACACUCUUUACCCUCGUCUUAUCCUUCUUCUUCUUCUUCUUCUUCCUCUCUUUUUCUCCAUCUAAUCUCUUUUUUUAUUGGUAUUGUUUUUAUAGGUUUCUUUCUGUUCACACACUCUCUCCACCAUGGGUACGCUCUUUAUGAGCCCGAGUCGCUAUGUUGCGGCGAUCGUUGUCUUCCUCCUCAUCUUCAACAUGUACCUCUUCAACCGAGUUAUCCGCCUUACAACACAAAAUGAAGAGUUCUGUGAUACAUCAUUACAUACUUCACCUCCUACUGCUGCUGUUACAACCUCCCCAACAACAGUAGACCCUCUUCCCAAACCUGUUACCGUCACCGUUACCAAUAUCGUCACUACAACUACAACGGUCACCCCCAACGACACGCCCGCAAACCCACCUGUCAAAGGACACGGGUCAUCCUCCUCCUCCUCCUCUUCGUCGUCCUCUCUUUCCGUCCAAAAUCCUGCCACUGCCGCUAUCCCCGCAAAGAUCUGGCACAAAUGUGGCCACAAAGGCGUCAACGACGACGCCCGCAAACUGAUUGAUCAAUGGCUCGAGAAGAAUCCCAACUUCCGCCAUGAAGUCCUCACCGACGAGAGUGGCGACCAAUAUGUCCGCGAACACUACGCUGACUGGCCCGAGGUCGUCGACACCUUCAUGGCCCUAACCGUCCCCAUCCUCAAGGCCGACUUCCUGCGUGUCCUCAUCAUGUACGCCGAUGGCGGUAUCUGGAGCGACUUGGACGUUGCCUGCGAAGUGCCCGUCGCCGAAUGGAUCCCCAAGAAGCUCGCCAACGACCCUCUCCACCCGAUCAACGUCGUCGUGGGGAUCGAAUUCGACGGCUGGCAGUUCGCGAGCUGGACCGUCAUGGCGAAGCCGCGUCUCGCCCAUUUCGAGCGGACGAUCCGCUACGUGCUCGACCAGAUCCAGAAACUCGCAGCAGAUAACCACGUGUCCAUCCCCGCGAUCACAAAACCCAUGAUUCCGGACGUCGUGGCGGUGACCGGCCCGCAAGCGAUCACGAUCGCGCUCCUACAGUCCGUAUCCGCGGCGACGGGCCAGGACAUCCAAAAGCAGGCGAUCCUGAACCUGAAGGAGCCCACUCUGAUCGGGGAUAUCCUGGUCUUACCGCAGGCGGCUUUUGCGGCUCUUCAGGGUGGGUUCCCCAAGGAUCAGGGCCCUUAUUUGGUCUCUCACCAUUAUUCCGGGUCAUGGAAGAAUGAUGUGGGUGGCGAGGAGGGUGUGAAGCCGCCUAGCUCGUAAUAUAUGAAUAUCUUUUCUUUUGCAAUCAUACUAUUAUCUUCUUUAACGGUUAUUUGGAUGGACUGCGCCUUGGAAAAUAUUUUUAACUCAUUUUGGUGUGUGUGUGUGUGUUGGAAAUAGAAACGACUGGAUGCCUGGAAUCUUUGGUGUUGUACAUACAGAUCUUCCUACCCUUGACCUCGCUGACUGGGUACUAGUAAAUAAGCAAUAUUGGCCUGAGAUAUUUAGUUAACUUACUAUAGGAAUAGCUUUAAUUAAUUACCUCCAAUACUCAA